GGUGUGUACUUUCUGAGUAAAGAAUUUGGGUACAUCUGUAUUUAUAUCCAAAGAUAUCCAGGUCCAAUCUAUCAUCUGUUGUUAUCCAUCGAAAUUUGGGAGCUCUCCAUUAACAAUGAAAUAUUUCAAACACUUUGUCUUAGCUACUUUACCAAGUCUAAUAGCCACUGCUGCUCUUCCACAAGCCAAUCCAGAAGUUACAAAUGCACCAUUAGUCAAGAGAGGUCAGUCAGUCUUAUCUGACCAAGUUUGGACAUCGUCUUCAGAUGGUAUCAUUAUGGCCAUUACGCCAACAGUAAUAGAUGCUGUUACUAUAUCGGCCUCGCCUGUUACUGGAAAACCAACAGUUUGGGCUUCUUUAGAUAACAGUGGUAUUCCAAGUCUAGUCACCCCAACUGUGAAAGAUGGAAAAACUAUAUCAGAAUCUCCAACACCAACAGAUACAGGUUUCCCAACACCUGCUGCUGUUCCGCCCGUAUUAAGAUGCUUUGGAAAUAGAGUCCCAGACUCAAAUUCAGAUACACCAGGCUACCCAUUUUGCACUGCAUUGAAUGGAACUGAAAUGCUUGUUGGUGAGACAUACUGGUUGACAUGGGAUCCAACGUACUGGGGAAGUACUGAUAUCACAAGGGUCAAAAUUGAACUUAUCGAAUAUCCUCAACCUCGUUCAGGUGGUGUUCUAUUUGAAACCCAAUAUUUGUCCAACGCAGAUGGAUAUUACCCAUUGACCAUGGAUUCCUCAUUUAUCAAAAACGAUGGAUAUUUUUGGGUUACUAUAACGCCUUUAACCACAUCAACCACCAAUGCGAAAAAUAUUGGUACAAAGAAUGGACCAUUAUUGAGAGUGAUUAGAACAAAAGCAGAUGCAUUAACUAAGAUCAAUAGACUUCCAUCUGAUAAUGGCUUGACAACAUCAAAAUCUCAAUCAGAUUCUAAAGCAAAGACAAUUGCGCCAGCUGUGGUAGUUCCAGUUAUUGUUGUGAUAGGUAUUGCAAUCUUUGUUAUCUGGUACUUGACAAAACAAAAGAAAUCAGCCCUCCUGGGUCUAGGUAACCUGAGAUCAACUAAAAAUAAAAAUACUGCUUCAAGCUCGUCUCAAGCACAAGGUGAUAUUCAUCUUUCCCCAGCUACCACACACGCGGACAAUGAAACUAUAGCCACUACCAUCACCAAUGAAACAACAAAGAACCCUUUCACUGACACCAGACAAGUCCUUUGAAAUUCGGUUACACAAUUAGGACAACAUAAGUCAGUUCAAAUCACUCACUAUUCACCUUCUUUGAAUAGCAUUUCAUUUAAGGAAUGUCAAUGUCUUCUCGUUGCAACAAUGUUUAUUUUUAAUUGUUUACUCGUGUACAUUUUUAUUAAAGGAUUCUCUUGUAGUCUUUCUGCCUGCCUAGCCUACUGCAGCUGUUUCACCUCUUUCUACCCGCCUAAAGCCCCCCUGGGAUCUAGGUGGAGUUCUGUGCGUGUGUGUACCAAUUCGCGGCCAACAUCUCAAAAAAAAGGUCGUACCCGGAUUCGAACCGGGGUUAUCCGGAUCAAAACCGAAGGUGAUAACCAC